AUGAACCUGCCCGCGACCUCCGUGACGUCAUGGAUGUCCGACCUAGUGGCCAACACCAGCCUGAAGCAGCUGUCCGAGAAAACCAUCCACCGCAGCAAGAAGAUGCUGCUGGACACGCUGGGGGUCGGGAUCCUGGGAUUCCAGACGGACAUCGCCCAGACGAUCGCCAAGACGUGCGUGGGGCUGGAGCACUCGGUGGUGACGUCAGGGAGGAACAGUCUGUCGGGGUCGGUGCUGUGGGGGUCAAAGAACAUGAGGGCGUCACCUGCUACAGCUGCCUACGUCAAUGGCGUCAGCAUACACUCCAUGGACUUUGACGACACCUGGCAUCCUGCCACCCACCCAAGUGGACCCACCCUCCCCGCCAUCAUCGCAUUGGCCGAGUCCAUGACGGGUGACAUGCGUCCGUCUUUAGAACAGGUCCUGGUCGCCUACAAUGUAGGAAUCCAAGUUCAAGGUCUUCUGCUGAGGUCAUCGUCCUCGGCGAAAAGUAUCCCCUACAGGUUUCACCCCCCUGCCGUUGUUGGCGUGAUGGGUAGCGCCGCCGCCUGUUCAAACCUUCUUGGGUUCGGUCCUGAGAAAAGCAGAAACGCCCUGGGCAUCGCGGCGUCGUUUGCUGGUGCCCCGAUGGCCAAUGCCGGAACAACAACAAAACCGCUGCAUGCCGGGAAAGCUGCCAGGUUUGGCCUGGAAGCGGCACUUCUGGCUGACCAAGGUAUUGAAGGCAACAGCAACAUCCUAGACAUGCCCUCAGGGUUUGGGGCUUUCUACGACGACUUCGAUCCUGAGGCGUUGCUUGAGGAGAACUACGGCAACCCCGAGUUCCUGCUCCACACACAAGACAUCGCCCUCAAGAGAUUCCCCGCCCACCUCGGCAUGCACUGGACAAUUGAUGCCGCCUUGGCAGUCCGCGCCAACAUCACGGAUCAGCUCGAGUCGUUCAGUGCUCAGAACAUCAAGAGUGUUCUCAUCAGGGCUCCACACUCCAAAUACAUCAACCGCCCGCUCCCCUCCACCAUGCACGAGGCCCGCCACUCGUUCCAAUUUAACGCCUGCACGGCCCUGCUGGACGGUCACGUGACCCCACAGUCCUACCACAACAGCAACAGGUCACGUGAGCUGCUCGCGGAGCUGCUGAGGAAGACGCAGGUGGAGAGUCCCGAGGACAACAAGCCAUCUUUCAACGAGAUGUACGUCGAGGUGCAGGUCAAGCUCUUGGACGGGUCAGAGAUCACAGGUCGCUGUGACACGCCUUACGGCCACUGGCGAAACCCGUUAAGCGACGCUGACGUCAUCAACAAAUUCAACGCCAACACCAGCACGAUGACGCACGGCAACAAGGAGCAGAUCAUCCGCACGGUCAGACACAUGGCGCCAACAGAGAAGGCUUCAGACUUGGCCAAGCUGCUCUACUCUUAUUAA